GUAUUUUAUUUACAAGACCUCUCUCUAUAGUUUUAAUCUCUGAAUUGUUCUUCCUUUGGGCAUUCAAAACAGAUCCUACAUUUGGGCAAAAAGGAAGCUCAACCACAUCCAAAGCCUGUUACCUCCACACACAUACCGCAAAGAGAGAAACGCAUUAUUAUAUUCCUUUAGAAGAGAUGAGCAAAAAGCAGAUGGUGAAAUUGGACGAGGAGCAAAUCGCAGAAUUGCGAGAAAUCUUUCGGUCGUUCGAUCGGAACAACGACGGGAGCCUGACGCAGUUGGAGCUGAGUUCGCUUCUGCGGUCGCUUGGUCUGAAGCCGAGUGCGGAGCAACUGGAGGGCUUUAUUCAGAGGGCGGACACCAACAACAACGGGAUGGUGGAGUUCUCGGAGUUCGUCGCGCUGGUGGCGCCGGAUCUUCUGCCGGCCAAGUCGCACUACACUGAAGACCAGUUGAGGCAUCUGUUCCGAAUGUUCGACCGGGACGGGAACGGCCUCAUCACUGCGGCGGAGUUGGCUCACUCCAUGGCCAGGCUUGGCCACGCCCUCACCGUCGAGGAGCUGACCGGGAUGAUCAAAGAGGCUGAUACCGACGGCGAUGGCAUGAUCAACUUUCAGGAGUUCGCUCAUGCUAUUACUUCCGCUGCUUGGCCUUAACCGCUCUCUUUUCUAGAUUAGACAGCCAAACUUGGAUUCAUUCAGGGCACUGCCAUGUACAAAUAGGGUCCGAGCCUAUCCUUCUGAGUCAUUUUUCUGUACCAAGAGAUGGUAAAUUAGCUUGAGAUUGAGCUAGUGCGUAGGCAUUUAGGUUUAAGUUCGAAGAUUUUCCAUGCUAUUCAAUAUCCUUUUCCUAUCAGAAGAGGGGAGCCAUGACGUUAAUUUUCGGACCUUGUGGUGACAUUAAAAGUUUAUAGUUUUUUUUUUAAAGAAAAAAUACUACAAUUAAGCAUUUCAUA